GAGCAGAUAAAAAAGUGAAAAAUCAAUAAAUAAAAAGUGAAUUAUUAGAGAGGAUGUCAGGGGCACAAGGAGCACAACCAAAGGAGUCAAAAACAGCAACAACAUAUGAAUCAAUAGAAGGAGGAGAGAAUCGUACAAGGACUAAUUUGCUUUCAAAAGAGGAUCAAGGUGGCAUUCAAGUGGAUAAGUUGCAAGAGAAGGUUCACGAUCCUGCUGGAAAAGGUGGUCCUGUCUUUGGUGCUGGUAAAGAUGAGAAUAAGCAAGACCUUGGUGUCACAGGCACUGGCUAGCUAGCUACACCAAAAUGUUACUCCCUUCUUAAUAAAAUAUAAGUAAAAAAAUAUAUAUCUCUAGAUCAUAAUAAAAUAUAAGCAAAAAGUAUAUCUAGAUCAAAUUUGGUCAGAGACAUGUAAUUUAUUGUUUAUAUAUAUUUUGUUACCGAAUGAAUAGUCUUGUUUUGUUAGUUAUCAUGGUACUUGUUUAACUUUUUUUGGGGUGGUUAGAAAUUUUGGAAUGGGAUUGUAGUUUGUAUUUCUCAUCAUGUAUAAGAUUUUGUUGAAUAAAAUGGAAGAAGUUGUGGUUGUUGAUGUACCAAA